ACAACCAUACAAUCAAAAUAACCAUUAUGUAAGGUGACAAGAACACAAAGACAAACCAGACCCAACAGCUUAUCUUCUUUCUUUCUCCAAACCAAAAUGGAUCCCCAUCUUCAAAACCUGGAAACCACCACCCCAGAAUCCACUUCAGAAGACCAAAACCACCAGCAGCAACUUGCCAUUGUCUCUUCGUCCCCAUUUGCCACUGCUUCUCUUUCUCUUUCUCUUCCCACAAUCUUACCCACCCAUUUUUUCACUCAACCCAAAAUCUCUACUCUUUUCUCCUCUCCUCCAACCAAGGCUAAGAUACCUACUCAAGCCACCUCUCUAACUCACCUCUCUCUCACUUCUUCCACUUCUUCUCCCAAACUCUCCUUCAAGUCUACCAUCUCUGCCAACCCUCUCCAUACCCCUCUCACUCUUGGCCCGCGCCGCCCCUCCGACCCCUCCAAUGCCGCCGGAACUCGUCGAGCUUGCAUCGUUUGGUUUCGCAAUGACUUGCGUGUCCAUGACAAUGAGUGCCUCAACUCUGCCAACAAUGACUCCAUGUCUGUUUUGCCUGUUUAUUGUUUUGACCCGAGAGACUAUGGGAAAUCCUCCUCUGGAUUUGACAAGACUGGGCCUUAUCGUGCCAAUUUCUUGAUUGAAUCGGUCUCUGACCUCCGCAAGAACUUGCAGGCUAGAGGGUCUGAUCUUGUGGUGAGAGUUGGGAGACCAGAGACUGUAUUGGUUGAAUUGGCUAAGGCUAUUGGAGCUGAUGCUGUGUAUGCACAUAGAGAGGUGUCUCAUGAUGAGGUUAAGGCGGAGGAGAAGAUCGAAGAGCUCAUGAAAGAUGAGGGAGUUGAGGUUAAGUACUUUUGGGGAAGUACCUUGUAUCAUUUGGAUGAUUUGCCUUUCAAGUUGGAAGAUAUGCCAUCGAAUUAUGGUGGGUUCAAGGAGAAAGUGCAGGGUUUGGAGAUUAGGAAGACCAUUGAGACUUUGGAUCAAUUAAAGGGUUUGCCUUCAAGAGGAGAUGUGGAGCCUGGGGAUAUCCCAAAUUUAUUGGAUUUGGGUCUCAACCCAGCUCAGGAUGGAAAGGCAGCUGCAAAUGCUUCUAUGGUGGGAGGCGAGACUGAAGCACUACAGAGGCUCAACAAAUUUGCAGCUGAGUGUCAAGCACAACCUCCCAAGGGUGGCAGCCAUGAAAGCAUAUACGGUGCAAACUUCUCCUGCAAAAUUUCUCCAUGGCUCACAAUGGGAUGCGUCUCUGCCCGUUCCAUGUUUGAUGAGCUUAAAAAGACUGCUACAAGAACAAUUUCUGCUGCCUCAAAUCACAAUAGUGGUGGUGGUAGCAGUUCACCUGCAGCUGGAAUGAACUGGUUGAUGUUUGAGUUGAUGUGGCGGGAUUUCUUCAGAUUCAUUACCAAGAAGUACAGUGCUCCAAGGAAACAGCUGGAAGCAACUCCAGCCACAGCUUGUACGGGUGCAUUUGCUUAGGCAAGGCAUUGUUUUGGUGGUGAAGAGGAAAUUUUCCCUGAAAUGGGGUUUUAUUCCUACCACUGAUGAAUUUUCCAAAAUGGAGCUGCUAGGUGUUGUAGUAGGAUAUUGUUUGAAGAUAGUUCAACUGUGGUUCUUGCUGCAAUAAAUUGGUUGAUACUUGAA